AUGAGCGCUGACAAAUCUGAGCCUCUAUCCGGAUAUCUUGAUAAAAAGGGAAAAAUCGGAAUCUAUACAAAGAAAUGGGCCACACUUCAAGGCUCUGAAUUUCGUUUAUUCAGAGAUGAUACACUUAAUGCCAAAGAACUAACAUUAAACGUCCAAGAAACCACAAAAAUUCAAAUGGAAUCUAUUGAUUCAUGCAAAUUUUCAAUCGAAACAGAAGGCAGCACUGAACCAUUAUAUUUCAGAGCUCCAUCCACGGAAUCGUUGCUCCAAUGGAUCCACGCGUUAAGAUCUUGCACAUACACACACCAGUCUCUCACAAUUGAGUCGUUUAAAGUCCUCUCCGUCUUAGGCCGUGGAAAUUACGGAAAAGUUAUGUUGGCCGAGAAGAUAGACUCAGGAGAACUUUUCGCCAUCAAAUCUGUUCACAAGAAACGCCUUGCGCUUGCAGGAAAAGUCCAUACAAUGCUUUCUGAAAGAAAUACUUUAAUUAAUGCUUCAAAUCCGUUCAUUGUCAAACUUUUCUAUGCAUUUCAGAAUGCAACCAAAUUCUACUUAGUUUUGGAGUACGUUCCCGGCGGAGAAAUGUUUAACUAUAUGUCGACGAAUGGAGCUGUUCCUCUUGAAGAUGCAAGGAUAUACGCAGCCGAAAUAGUCACAGCUCUUCACUUCCUCCAUCAAAAUGACAUAAUUUAUCGAGAUUUGAAGCCGGAAAACAUAUUACUCGCUCAAGACGGCCAUAUUAAGCUUACCGACUUCGGAUUUGCAAAGGACUUAUCACAGUCCGAAGUAACAAAGACUUUCUGCGGAACAAACGAAUAUUUGGCUCCAGAAGUUAUAUCUCGCGUUAAUUACGGGCCAGCUGUUGACUGGUGGACACUUGGCAUAUUACUUUACGAGAUGCUCUUCCAAACAACGCCAUUCUUCCAUCAAAAUACCUCGAGAAUGUUUACAAGGAUAUUAAUGGAUCCUGUUGUCUUUCCAAAGGGCGCAGAUCCAGAUGUUUGCAGUUUAAUUACAGGUCUCCUUCAAAAGAGAGACAGAAAACGUUACGCAUACGAAGAUAUCAUCAAACAUCCUUUCUUCAACGGAAUUGAUUGGGAUAAAGUACUCACAAAGUCAUAUGUUCCUUCUUACAAACCUCCGAUUAAGAGCAAGAAAGAUGUUUCCAAUUUCGACCAAGAAUUUACUGCAGAACCAGCAAUGGACUCUGUUGGAUCGGUUGCACCGACACCAAUACAGAGAAUUGCUGAUUUCUCUUACGUAGCUUCUCUUGCUUGCCCACCUCAAAUUAAUUAA